AUGUGGAAGGCGUCCGACAAGCUGAUGGCCACCAUCAAGCACUAUGCCAGCUUCCCCGCUACCGGGGUGUCCCUGCGACAGAUGGUGCAGUUUGGUGAGACCCCAUCGCCCGGAACCCUGUUUCGCGCGUCGCAAUUUUUAUCUGAAGAACUGCCCAUCCGGCUCGCACACCGCGUGCAGGAAUUAAAUGACCUACCCGAUGGACUUAAUGACAUGCCGUCUAUUAAGAAAGUAAGGGAUUGGUAUGCUCAGUCGUUCGAGGAAAUUAUCGAUGUACCCAAACCGUCCCUGAGUCAAGAAGUCAAGUCCCUCCUCGCGCGUCCCAUGAAGAGCAAUGGCCAUUCCAAAACACUGAGCAAGACCACGUGGAAUCCGAGCGUCAAGGAGGGCCAGUACAGAUCGUCGCCGCCCUCGAUGAGCAUCAAUGGCAACAGGCAUAUCGAAGAACAAGUAGGCAUGACGAAUGGAGGCACCAAGGCAAGAUUGGCUGCUGCGCGACGAUACUUUGUCCCAUCAGAGGACCAUGUUGACUGGCCACCCGAGAUUGACGACUUUAACCAACGCUUUAGCCAGACUCUGCAGCAGAUUAAGCGACGGCACGAUGGCGUUGUCACGACGGUGGCCCAGGGAAUUCUAGAGUACAAGCGCAAACGCCAAAGACUUCAGAUUGACUCGAAUAUACAGGCCUUUUUGGAUCGUUUCUACAUGUCUCGAAUUGGUAUACGUAUGUUAAUCGGUCAGCACAUUGCCCUAACAGAACAAACGCAUGCCCACCAUCCAAACUACGUGGGUAUUAUCUGCACCAAAACGAAUAUUCAAGAAGUCGCCAUGGAGGCGAUUGAAAACGCUCGCUUUGUCUGUGAAGACCACUACGGACUGUUCGAGGCCCCCAAGAUCCAGCUCAUCUGCAAACCCGACUUGGAUUUCAUGUAUGUGCCGGGCCACUUGUCGCACAUGCUGUUUGAGACGUUGAAGAACUCGCUGCGUGCCGUCGUCGAAAGACAUGGCGCCGAAAAGGAAGAUUUUCCCGUAACCAAGGUCAUUGUUGCCGAAGGGCGCGAGGACAUUACCAUCAAGAUCUCAGACGAGGGCGGCGGCAUCCCGCGGUCGUCGAUCCCGUUGGUGUGGACAUAUAUGUACACCACCGUGGACCAGACGCCCAACCUCGACCCUGAUUUUGACAAGAGCGAUUUCAAGGCCCCUAUGGCCGGGUUUGGCUAUGGGUUGCCCAUUAGUCGCCUGUACGCCCGAUACUUUGGAGGAGAUCUGAAACUGAUCAGCAUGGAGGGCUACGGCACCGACGUCUACCUCCACCUCAACCGCCUAUCGUCGAGUUCGGAACCGUUGCAUUGA